AAUCGCUCUUCGCUUUCCGCUUCAAAAUUUGUCCCUCGGCGGACAUCGUAUUUGUAGUAAAAACAUGGCGGCUGACAGCGACAGCGAGGAGGAUUUUGUGACUUAUGGAACUCCUCUGGAGCCUCUGGAAGAAGACGAGCCUCUGAAGAAACCCGUUCCUCUGCACGAGCAGACGGUGAAAGACGAGAAGGGCCGAUACCAGAGGUUCCACGGAGCGUUCACUGGAGGCUUCUCCGCCGGAUACUACAACACUGUCGGCUCUAAGGAAGGCUGGACCCCGUCAACCUUUGUGUCGUCACGGCAACAGAAAGCUGAGAAACAACAUGUCCGACCGGAGGACUACAUGGAUGAGGAGGACUUCGGGGAACACGGCAUCGCCCCCAGAGAGAUCACCACCAGCCAGGAGUUCACAUCCAGCCGGCGAGACCAAACUGCAGAGAAGAAGAAAGCUGUCAAUGCCCAGACUGCUCUGAUCCCCGGAGACACCCUGCUGGAGGAGCUCAUCACACCUGCCAGGACGUCCAUCGGGGUGGAGCUGCUGAGGAGGAUGGGCUGGAGGGAAGGUCAGGGGGUCGGACCUCGAGUGAAGAGGAAAGCUCACAGACAACAGACGGAUGGUGGAGCCAAAGUUUACGGCUGUGCGUUGCCCCCUGCUGGUUCGGAGGAGUCAGAGGACGACGAUGACGAGUUUGCUCCAGAGGACGUGACCUUCGCCCCCAAAGAUGUGACUCCAGUGGACUUCAGCCCCAAGCUGGGGGUCCAAGGUCUGGGGUACCGAGGCCUGGACCCGGGUCUGGCUCUGCUGGGCCGGGUGGCACCAGAACACAUCGACCUGUUCAAACCCCAGUCUGAGACCAGGAGUCGUCUGUUUGGAGACGCACCGAAAGGCUCGAGGAGAGGAGGAGGCGUGGCUGGACAGGCCUUCGGGGUGGGGGCGCUGGAGGAUGAUGACGAUGAAGAGGUUUACCACCGAGACUCCAUGUCCAGAUACGACACCGUGUUGGGAGGAGAGGAACCUGGAGACGGAUUGUACGGCUGGACGGCUCCUCAGCAGUACACCAGGAGGACAGAGACGAGUAAAGAUGCGUCGUAUCUGGGGAAGAUCCUGGAGGGGUUCACUCUGGCCCAGAAACCGGACCAGGACAAGACGGUCUUCCCCCCGCCCUCCCUGCCCAGAGACUACCGUCCUGUCCACCACUUCCGUCCCCCGGUCGAGGUGUCGCGUCUCUCCGGGGUCAGUCCGGCUCUGGCCGAGGCCCUGAAGACCUCCAGGGGCCACAUGGUGACGGAGGAGCCCCAGAAAGGAGGACGCCACCAGCUGGACUCCGGCCAGAGGAGGGCGCUGCUGGGAGAGGACACCCUGGAAGGUCCCAGGUCGGUUCUGGAGCUGCUGAGGCCUGAAGACAGAGAGCGUCUGCUCAGCCUUCGCACCUCCACAGCCUCCUCCUCCUCCACCACCACCACCUCCUCCACCACCUCCUCCUCCACCUACACCUACACCUCCACCACCACCUACACCUCCUCCUCCUCCUCCCUGCAGCAGCAGGAGGCUCUGGCGGCGUGGAGAGGAGUCCAGACCUCCUCCCAGACCUUCAGGCCGUUUGAUAAGAACCCCAGUAAACAGGCUCGCUACGACCUCUACCUGAGCCUCCUCCGGCAGGGCCACAAAGACGCCCUGGAGCAGAGUCUGGAUGUGGGGAUGACGGAGUGGGAGCGGAGCAGAGAGAGGGAGGAGUUUGUCCGAGCCUCCAUCUUGUACCGACCCACCUCCUCCUCACUGUCCUCCCGCUUCACCAGAGCAGAGCAGCAGGAGGACGACGGGGACACGGUGGACGUCCCCCGGGACCAGGAGGGCGACGUGGACGAUAAACAGGCCGCGGUCAAGAUGAAGAUGUUUGGGAAACUGACCAGAGAGACGUGGGAGUGGCAUCCUGACAAGCUGCUCUGCAAGAGGUUCAACGUACCCGACCCUUACCCCGGGUCUGGGAUGGUGGGGCUGCCCAAAGUGAAGAGAGACAAGUUUUCAGUCUUCAACUUCCUGACGGUGACGGAGGGCGGAGCCUCACAGACCGCUCCUCCAAAGCCUCCAGAGACCGGGAAGAAGUCCAGGUGGGAUGUUUCAGAGAAGGAGAAGGAGGACAAGAAGGAGGACAAGAAGGAGGACACCGACCCUCUGAGUGAACUGCUGAGUGCUGCAAGGAGUCAGACUUCACCUCCCUCCAUCAGCAGCAGCCAUCAGAAGGAGACCAGGCCAGGAGACCAGGAGCAGGAGGAGCAGGAGGAGGAGAGCAGGCCUCCCAUGGAUCUGUUCAAAGCCAUCUUUGCCAGCUCCUCGGAGGAGAAGUCCUCCUCUUCAUCAGAGGGAGAGAGUGACGGUGAGGAGGAGGAGGAGGACACAAAGGAGGAGGCAGGAAGGGUCGGUUCACAACCUGUCAACCUCUUCAACGUCACCUCCUCCUCCUCCUCUGCCUCCUCCAGCCAGAUCCCAGCGGCUGCACCUCCUCGUCAGACCUCCUCACAGGAGGAACAGGAGUUUGGACCCAAGCUGCCACCUCCUUCUUCUCUGGUCUCCUCCUUCAACCAGGAGGAGAAACUCAGGAAGAGGAGCAAAGAGAAGAAACACAAGAACAAGAAGCAGCACAAACACAAGAAGGAGAAGAAGAAGAAGAAACACAAGAAGCACAAACACAAAGCGAAGCAGCAGAAGAGGAGUAAGAAGGAGGCGUCAGGAGAAGACAGCAGCGAGGAGGACAGUGAGGAGGACAGAGGAGAUGGAGGGACGGUGUCCACAGAGGAGCUGCUGCAGAGACUGAAGAGCAUCCGGUCCCAUGAGUCCUGGUGAAGCUGGACCUGUGUCCUCUGUGAGGACGUCUGUCUCCUGCGCUAGUUUUAAUUCAUAAAGACGUUCUCAUUCAUUCACUCAUUCAGCUUCAUUAAUAAAGAUUCUUCUGACUGUUAGAGAAAUGAAAUAAUAAACAGUUCAUUCAUAGACUCUA